AUGCCGGUCGUUACCGAACGCUUCAUCAGCAACGCGUGGCAUCGCGGCUGCGACUACAUCAAUAUGGACCUGGAGGACUCAGUCCCUCCGCUCUUGAAGGACGUUGCCCGAAACCUGGUCCGCGAAUCCAUCCCGGUCGUCAACAAGGGCGGGGCCGACGCUGUCUGCCGCAUUAAUCACGACCUGAUGGAAGCGGACCUCAACGCGGUCAUUUGGCCCGGCCUCGUGCAGGUCAAUUACCCCAAGGCCGAGUACGGCCACGAAAUCGCCCGCAUGGACGGAAUCAUCACGCGCUUGGAGGCCGAACGCGGCAUCCGGCCCGGCACCGUGGAGAUCGGCGCCAACAUCGAGACCGCCGUUGGCGUCGCCAAUGCCUACGAGAUCGUCACCGCCAGCCCUCGUGUCCGUGAUUUCGGGGGCGCCGCCGGUUACGACAUGUCUCGUGACCUCGGCGUCGAGAUGUUUGUCGGCUUCGACCAAUUCGUCUACGGUAAGGGUGAGGUGGAGCUCGCUGCGCGCGCCGCCGGCCGGGAACCCCACGCCGCUCCGUUCACCCCUAAUAUCACCGGCAGCGUCAGCGAUCCAGACCGCGCUUUCGCCGAGGCGGACGCGGCCCGCAAGUGCGGGUUCCGUAUCGGCGGCGGCUUGCACCCUUACGUGGUGGAGCCUCAGAUCCGUGGUUUUGCCGCUUCUGACGAUGAGGUUUCCGACGCUGAGUGGGUCCUCCAGGAAUACCAUAAGCUGGCCCGUACCGGCGCAACUUGGGUUCAGGUCGACGUUUCCACCGCGGACCGGGAAGACUCUCCCCGUCCCAUGCCUGCCGACUCCUACCUGGGGCGAGACCGCGUUAUUGAUCGUUACGAGGCCGCCCGCGCGGAGGAAUUGCUGCAAUGGCGCAAUCUCUGCCGCGAACGUGACCAAGACAAAGCCGAGGCCAUCGACCGCGUCCGCGCGGACGAAGCUGAAUAG